AUGUCUGACGCCAUGUUACUGGACACCCGCACUGUGACGGCUCUGCGCGCGCCACCGGUUACAACGACUCCGUCCUCGUGCUGUCAGGUCAACGCUGCGGGUGUUGAACUAUUCGACGAGAUCGCGGUGGAUUUGGACGUCCUCGCGAGGGCGGACCUGCCGCACUUUCCUGGUAUCCAAAUGUCGGGAAGGGGGGCGAGCAUCAUUUAUGCGACGCAAUUUCUCGACGGCGUCGACAAGUGGGCCACGCAUAUCCGGACGGUCGAAAAGGAGCUGCGCGCGGACCUGGCGCUCGUCAAGGCCGCCCGGAAGCACCAAAAGGAGGACGCCGAUAAGAGGCCAACCGUGGGCGUCUUCGCUUCAAAGUUCCACUGCCGCUGCUUCGAGCCAGCCUCCUCGAAGCGCGCGGCCGCGUUCGCGGCGACCAACGGAAACUCCCUGCCAGCUGGCAGAGAUGCGCGCGAGGAGAAGCGCGCGGAGCUGACCGCGGCCGGGGCUGCGGACGGAACGGCCGGAAGCGACCUCCCCAAAGGAGCGGAAUGUUCAAUUGCUCCAGUCCAAGAUGCACAGGCGACGCACAUGAGCGAAAAAGAGUACCUGGGCGAGUACGGUGAUUCCGUCACAUUAUUUCCGGCGCCGGACCUCGACGAGAAAAAAAUAGCCAAGCAUGGGGCGAGGGUGGAGGAGCCGUCAGAAGAGGCGCGCUUCGUCGGUGCUCGUAUAGCUCAAUAG